GACUCUGAAUGAAUAAAAAUUUAGAUAAAUGGUAAAUAAUAUGAGAGCCGCUUUGGUAGGACUGGGGUUCCCUUUAGUGACUCAUGCAUGGCCUUUUAGCGUGUUUAGAGCCCCAUCCCACGCAAAAUCUGAAUUGGUUAAUCCUCACAUAACUUUUGGCUAUAGGAAGAUAAUCAUAAGCCCCUGAAGAAGUUCUUCAUGAAGCUGAUAAAUGCCUUUUCAAAUGAUAACCAAAAUAAUUCUUUGGCAGUAUUUGUAGAACUUAUGAGCAAGUAUUCAGACCAUUUACAAAAGAGACAAGCUGGUUGACAUAUACCUAAAGAAGAAGAAACAAGUCUCAGAUUGUUUCUUCUUCAAAAUUUGAGCGAAUUAUUUACUCAUCACGACCUAAACGAGGAGUUUACUAACUUCUUGCCAAUCCAGCGUAAGGGGAUUUCACUUUUGACUGAAGUUCGGAUGAAGGACAUUAAUUUACACAAAAAGAUUAUCGAAAUACUUCAUAAUAGAAAGAGCGAAGGCCCAAUCUUAGAGGACGAAGGACAGAUCAGUAAGUUAUUGGAAAAACAUCCGGAAUGGGACCACAGAUUCAGAAUUUUCCUCAGUAAUAAUCAGAAUCAACAAGAAGUUGAUUAUGAAGAGGAAAAGGACCCUCUUCCCUCUAAAACCGUACAUCAUAGUAGUAGAGAAGGGAAUAAGAGGAAACUAGAUUCUAAAAAGGAAGUUAAGAAACUUGAAAGAACACAAACUAAAUUAAGAGAAGGAUGAGUAAAUAAGUACGAAGUUUCGAGAAAUGAAGUCCAAAUUGCCUUAGAUCAGAAUGAGGAAUCUGGUAAUGAUGCAUCUGAGCCUCACAGUAUUCCCGAAGCUCAGAAAAUUCUUGACCAUCCUGAUGGAAAGUCUCUUUCCAAAACAGAAGCUCAGUUCUUUGAUGAGCUAAAGAAAAUCUUGGCUGACGAUGAUCUCUAUUUCGAUUUUCCUGACCAGAAGGAGAGUCUCUACACUAUAAUAAUAAAAAUGUUCUCUUUGUAUGUGGAAGGAAUCUGAGGAGCUGAUGAACUCUUUGAAAUCCUUGACAAGCCCUUCAAGCACAUUGACGAAUUUGAGCAAUUCAAGAACUUCUGACUCAGCAGAGAAGCUAAUAGAAGGAAAGAAGAUAUUUGGUAUUUCAAAAACCUGGACGAGACAAAUUUAAAAGAAUGAGAAAGGAUUGAUUGAAGUUAUUCAACAAUUCCUCCUUCAUUUCCAAUGUCAGAAUAUACAGGCCAGAAGGGUACCUUCAUUCCUGAAGUUGUCAAUCACACAGUUGUUUCAGUCCCUGUAGGAUCUGAAGGAAACUUCACCUUCAAAGCUAAGAAUAAGCACGAAGAUGCAUUAUUCAAAAUUGAGGAUGAGAGGUAUGAGAUAGAUCAAUGAAUCAACCAUUCUGAAGACUGUAUAAAAGCUCUUGAAAAAGCAACUCAAGAUAUUAAUAAGCAAGGAGCUAACUACGUGUACGACCCAAGUGUGAUUACACCUGCCAGACUCGGAUGGAUCUAUCAAUGCGUUGCAAAGAAUUCAAAAUAUGUGGAUUUGAUCAAGAGCUUCCCUGUAAAGGUAGUCCCUAUCAUAUUGGACACUAUGAAAAAGUUUUUGUCAGAUUUUAAGAGCAAAAAGGCAGACAUGCAAAACAAUUGGAACCAAGAAUGAAUCAAACACUGGGCUAAAUCUUUGGAUCAUAAAUGAUUUCAUUUCAAACAGAAUGAAAGAAAGACUCAACUCACAAAAGAGUUGAUGGGCCAAAUGAAAGAAAGGAUACUGAAAAGCAAAAAUCUGGCUAGAAUUCAAGAUCAAAAAGAAGCCUUACAGUUUUAUUCAGGCCUACAUUCUGAGAUGGAAGUCGAAUUCAGAAUGAAACUUGAUAUAGACCCUGAUCAUCCAAUGCUCUUAGCAGAUGAUCUCUAUUUUGAGAGAUUUGAGACUUUGCCACAGUUCAGAUUUUUGAUCAACGAUGCAGAUAAUUUAAAACUACUGAUGAAAUAUCUAUAUGCCUAUAUUGAUAAUCAAAGCGGGCAAAGUAAGAGGCAGAAAGACUUCUUGAUCUCAUUUUCAAAGUACUUUCUCAACAUUGGAUUCAUUAAGAAGAGUCUAGACUUGCUAGACACUAUAGAGCUUCCUUCUGAAUCAAUAGAGUUGAUUAAGAGCACUCAAACAUUUUACAAGAAAUAUGGGUCUUGUGAAGUUGAAGAAAAAGAUCACUUCAACAAUUUCUUUUCAGAAGAAACAAAAGAUAUUGUAGUGAAUGUAAGAACCAACAGAAAAGAAUCUCUACAUAAAGCACCUGAUAUGCACUUCUCUUCACAAGAGGAUAUCUUAGAGUCUGAACCUGGAGAUUCUGAUGAGGAAGAUAAGGAACAAGAGAAAUUAGCCUCAAAAUUUGAAGGCUACAUCCGGUACGAUAAAGAUCAAGAAUUUUCCAAAAGGGUCAAAGCAGCUAGAUUUCUCCCUUUAUUUAGUGAUGACCAGACUCUACUUUUUGGAACAAAGCAUUUCUACUUCAUGAUUCGGUACUUCAUAACUCUUUACGAAAGAUUCGUGUUGAUUAAGAAAGCUGUAAUUGCCAAGUUAAGAAAAGAUAUUGCCGAAAUGAAGGAGGAAAAACAGCUCGAUGCCUCAAUACUUGAAACGAAUUUUGAAAAACUUGUUGAGAUAAGGUUUAGAUACGCCAUCGGGGUCCUUUUCACAAUGGCAAGGAAUUCUAAAGAAAUCUCUGUGUAUGAAGACUGUCUGAGACAACUGCUUGGAAUGCAAGCGUAUAUACUAUUCACUUUUGAUAAAGCAGUUUCUAAUUUUUCAAGAGCUAUUAGCUCUCUGAAGAAUGACAAUACAGCAUAUGAAAGCUGGAAGCUUAUUAAGAAAUACGAAGGCUUUCCUUGCAAGUUUAAAGAAGAUGCUUACUAUAAUGAUUUUAUUAGAAUAAUCCCAGCCGGUGUUGAAAAUGAAGUGUUCUUCAGAUUUGUUUACUGUUCUGAAACAGGUAUCAUCACUUGACAUGGCUUCAACUUCGAGCCUUUUACAAGUAAUGUAGCUCUGACCCAGAAAAUCAAAGAUUACAGGAGAGAAUAUGUCAAAAGAAAUGAGCCUAUAGCAGUUUCAACUAAUAAUGAUGUGACUUUGAGCUACAAGUGUAAUGAGAAUACAAGCAAAAAUGGCUCGAUGAAAAUUCUAUUCAACCCAGUCUACUUAAGAAGAAAUUUGAAGAAAGUUAUUGAUUUAGGAAAAUCUACUUUGGAUCAAGAACCAAGUAACUCUAAUGUAAGAGUUGGCAACAAUCUACAAAGCAAUUUUUCACAUAAGGAUCUGAGUCUAAAUUUCAGACAAGGGAAGGAAGAUCUUAUCAUCAGAAAGCGCCAAAAGAUUUCAGAAGAAGCUGAACUUGAGACAGAGAUUCUGAACUCUGUUAAAACGCAUCAAAUCAUAUAUGGAAAGCUCUCUUAAAGAGCAGGCAGGAUAAACCUUCGUUGGUAAUCUAAGAAGUAUUU